CUUGUUUACAAAUAAGGUUUUACAUUGGGAAAUUGUCAUUUACGGGUUUGGAUUUAAAUUUAAACCAAUAUGCUUAACGUGUUGGACGAUUUGAUCAAAAAGAUUGUUGGUCUGGAGUGCAUUAUAAUAGCUGAUAGAGAUGGUAUUCCUAUUAUCAAAGCUGGUGCUCAGAAAAUACCUGAAACUGUAUUAAGAUCUGGAUUUUUAUCAACUUUUGGUAUGGCACAGUUUCAAGGAAAAAAAUUAGGAAUGGGUGAAAACAAUACAACUAUUUCAUUAUACACUUCUUAUCAGGUAGUCCAAAUGGACUUGCAAGGAAUGAUCGUUACAUUCAUUGGAAAAAAUGAUUGUAACAUUGGCCAGAUCUUAAGCGUUUCAAAAACUAUUGCGCCUGCUUUGCUAGAGUUACAAAAAGUUCUGGAGCAGUCCUAAAUUUAUAUCGAUUUUGUUUUCUACGAUCCGGUCAGAUCAUUUUCAGGUUUGUUUGAUUGUUUUU